UACGCACACAUACACACGCACACAAGUACAGUCGCAAGUGGACUCGAAACGCCAUACAAAAAUUAUCUUGAAGAAUAAAAACUAGCGAAAAAGUAACACAACCAACCUUUUGCAGUCCCUUUGGCGCACCGAUUCCGCAGAUUCCAGCCACUGGUCACUCGAUGUAGCAGCGACAGCAGCCGAACUGACGCGCUUACAACCUUAACAUGAUAAAUCCAAUUGCAACCGAGUCGGAGGCCAUCAACUCGGCCACCUAUGUGGACAACUACAUUGAUUCCGUGGAGAACUUGCCGGACGACGUGCAGCGGCAACUCUCCCGCAUCCGUGACAUCGACGUCCAGUAUCGAGGCUUGAUUCGCGACGUGGACCACUACUAUGACCUGUAUCUAACGCUGCAGAACUCGAGCGACUCCAGCCGGCGGUCGCGCAGCAUGAACCUAAUGCACCAGUGCCUUAUUCAGGCCCAGGAGCUGGGGGACGAAAAGAUGCAGAUUGUCGGCCACAUGCAAGAGAUUAUCGACGGCAAGCUGCGGCAGCUGGACACAAACCAGCAGAACCUCGACCUGAAGGAGGAGCGCGACCGCUACACGCUGAUGGACGACUGUCCGGCAUCGAAGUUGCAGAGGUUACAGAGCCCGAUGCGGGACCAGGCGAACACCGUGGGCGGAGGCGCCGGCAGCAGCAGCGGUCUGAAUGGCAAUGGCCCGGGAGGAACUGUGGGCGGCUUCACAGUGAAGGAUCAGUACGGCCUGCCCGUGUAUGUCGGCGUCGUGGGAGUGACCAACCCGAGCACCAUCAUCUCCGGCAAUGGCGGAGGCUCCACCCCGAACUCGGAGCGCUCCAGCCACGGCGUCAGCAAUGGUGGCAACGGCUCGAAUGGUAAUUUGAGCGCCAGCGGAGGCGGUGACCUGCAGAGAGGUGGCAGCAAACGCUCCCGGCGCCGCAACGAGAGCCUGGUCAACGGCAGCUCCCUGGAGAUGGGUGGCAACGAGUCGAACUCGGCCAAUGAGGCUGGCGGCAGUGGCAGCGGCAAUGGGGAGCGCAAGGGCUGUCUGGGCAGUGCUGGGGCCGGUCAGCGCAAGGCAAACAUGCAGGGAGCUUCGGGCGGCAGCCUGGCCAGCGGAUCCGCUGGCACGAGCAGCGGCGGCGGAGGAGGAGGAGGUGGAACCAGUGGUGCUGGUGGAGGAGGAGGCGGCAACAGUUCGGGCAAGAAGAAGAAACGCAAGGUACGCGGCGCGGGCGCUUCGAACACAACAGCGAAUGCACGCGAGGAGACUCCGCCGCCGGAGACCAUUGAUCCGGAUGAGCCGACCUAUUGCGUCUGCAACCAGAUCUCUUUUGGCGAGAUGAUUUUGUGCGACAACGACCUGUGCCCCAUCGAGUGGUUCCACUUUUCGUGCGUUUCCCUGGUGCUGAAGCCGAAGGGCAAGUGGUUCUGUCCCAACUGCCGUGGCGAGCGACCAAAUGUGAUGAAACCGAAGGCGCAGUUCCUCAAGGAGCUGGAGCGCUAUAACAAGGAGAAGGAGGAGAAGACCUAGGAAUAGUCCGCAAGCAGCUAAGAAACCAAUCAACCCAACACCAUUGUCCUGUCUGUGUCCAACACCAGGCCGGUAGUGCAGCAGCACUUGGCGCUGCGCUUUGUAUAUUAUUCGACCCUAAGAUUUACCAUAAUGUAUAUUUAGUGUUUUGAAAACCAUCCUCGAUCCCACUCGAACCUAGGAUGGUGAUGGUUUGCCAAUGGUUGGCAAAUCCGACUCACCGCUUGGUCGCACACACUCACACACACCCAGAAAGCCGACAGCCGUUCGGAACUGCCACUGCUUCACGGGGGUAUAGUUCGUCUGUUCGAUUAAACGUUUCUGUACAAAUUGUAACUUUCUCUAAAUAUAAAUACAUAUAUUUAAUGCGUA